AUGGGAACUGCUCCACAGCGGAUCAUUACUGAUCAAUGCAAAUUCAUUUUUCGUGCAAUAAAAAAUGUGUUACCCGAUACACGCCACCGAUGGUGCAUCUGGCACAUUACGAAAAAGUUACCGCACAAACUUGGAGGUUAUCGCCGGUACAGAGAGUUGUAUGAUGAGUUCAAUGAUAUUGUGUGGAACUUUUGGACCGAAAAGUCAUUUGAGGAUAACUGGUAUGAAUUCAUAGACGAGCACAACUUACAUAACAACACAUGGCUGUCAGACCUCUUUGAUGAUCGACGCAUGUGGGUCCCAAUAUUCUUCAAGGGUGAAUUUUGGGCUGCCAUGAGGAGCACGCAAAGGAGUGAGAGCAUGCACUCAUUCUACGGAAAUUUCUUACACAGUCGGACUAACUUGGUCCAAUUUGUUUACGAAUAUGACAAUGUGCUUGGAAUUAAGGAGCAAAGGGAACUGGAGGAUGAUGCAGCAGACCCGAGGGGGUUUGUCAAGAAGGCUAAUUGUAGGGUCUCUGUUGUUGCUGAAGAGGGGUCAGUGGUAUGCAUGAAGGUUGAAGAGGAAAGACUAGUGAAUGAUAGUAUUCUUUGUGUUCCGUACGAUGUCCACUUCAAUCGAUCCACACAGGAGAACACAAAGCGCAAGCAUACUUAUGUCAAGAGUAGUCACGACGUCAGUCGGUCGGAUGAGAGUCAUGUUGCAUUCAGGGGACUAUGUGCACACUUCUACAACAUUGCUCAGGAUUUUGUAAACGACGAUGAAGAAACAGCCUUGCUUCAUGUUGCUCUAGAAGAAAUAAGAGCUAAGUUGACUGCUCACCGUGUCAAGAAGAAGUCCGAGACUGUGGCGGACUCCCACAACAAUAAUGGCUCAACAAGUUCGAAUGUUGCCGCUGUGAUGGACAUCCAAGCCCCAUCGAAGGUCAACACAAAGGGCCGGCCAAAGAGUAAGAGGAUCGGCGCUGCCCUGGAGAAGUGGUUUGAGUCAACUCAAGAUGUAAGAUUUGCUGGUGUUGUAGGCCAGGCUGAUCCCGAACAAGUUGGUAGCUUCAUGUCUUUGUUAAGCUCCUUUAGCAAAAGUUAA